UCGAGACUCGACAAACAUAACUGUUAUGUGCUAAGAAACAUAUCUACUAUGCCUGCAGAUGCUUCUUUCGAAUGUAGCUAUCCCGGAUGCAGCGCAAAGUAUCGACGCAAAGAACACUUGAAACGACAUGCAUUGCAACAUAGGCAAGAAGGUCAUGUAUCUUGCCCAUAUUGCCAAAGAAAAUUGACUAGGAGUGACCUCUUACGGCGACAUAUACGAAUCCACCACCCACAGAGACAACUCCCUCGUUCAUCUCGAACGCAGAAGGCAUGCAGCGCUUGUCGGGCUCGAAAAGAACGUUGUGAAGGCGAAUCUCCUUGCGACUCAUGUCAACAGCGGGGAAUCAACUGCUCGCUCGCUAGCGGGGGAAUGGGGAGCGAUGGACGGGAUACCGGCACAGAAGUGCAAGCAAGUCUCCCAACACCCACUGACCCUAACCCUGCGUUUUCUGGCACGUUUCAGUGGAAUGUUCAUGAAUAUACAAAUAUCUACUUUACAGUUUUCCAUCCAGUGUGGCCGUUCCUUCACAGGGGUACAUUUGAUCCACUAAAGGAGCCACGUAUAAUCGUCCAAUCCGUUCUCAUGAUUGGUUUGUGGAUAGAAGGAAGGAAGGAAGCACGGGAUGCUGCUAUAGAAAUUUAUCGUAGACAUUUUGUUGCGAUUAAUGCUCAGCGGGGCCAAUGGGAUGUAUCCAAUUCAGAACCCGCCCAGAAUACUAGGGCAUCAUGGCCCAUGGUAACAUACCAGGCUAUACUUUUGCAUAUUAUCUUCACCAUUUUCAUCGCAAAAGAAAAGGCAACAUUCGAUCUAGGCUUGCGAUACCAAAUCGAAGCAGAAGAAUACGACCUUCUAGCCGCCCUUGUUCAAAGCUGUCGAAAACUGGGCAUGUUCUUAUAUCCAAAUAUGCUAGCGCAAUAUGACGACACUGCACCAGCGGUUCUUGUGUGGGUGGGAGUGGAGGAGACCAAGCGGUUCGGUUUGGCCCUCUACAAAGUGAGCCGCAUGUGCACUUGCCCCGACUCAGCUGGGAGUAGGAAUCAGCUUCUGUCUCUGACUGAUUUGUCCUUUGGAAUGCCGGAUAGCGACGAGUCGUGGAAUGCACCAGCUGACGUGGGAAGUGAAGGGCUUCAGAGGGUUGCCCUACAGACGAAUCACAGGGAGAAUGGGGACCCUGAUUGGUGGAUUUCUAGGUCUUCUACUGUAUUAUAUGAUAAUCUUGUCGACUUUGACUGGAUAUAGUUGCGAGUGUAC